UGGUGAUUCGGUGGAAAUGGGGCUCCUAUCAGAUCCUUCAUUGACUCCACGCAAUAAAUUUGGAAAAAUCCUCAAUAAACAUCAUUCCAAAGUAUGUUGGCUGUUGUACGUGGCGAGUAUUGUGUGGUUUGGUUGUUUGGGCCACAAGGACUUUAAUCAUGGAACUUAUCUUUCGGAGAAUGCCCUUUCGCCAGGUUUGGUUUAUCCUGAAAUCAAACAAGAUUCCAGUCGUUGGGCACAACAUCUCAUUGAAGAAUUGGGCAGGGAACGAGAAAAUCAUAGGGCAACAACGCCACAUGCCUGGAUUGCAGCUAAAAUGAGACAAAUUGGCUUGGAAACGUAUGUACACAACUACACACUGCGAUAUCCCUUUGAUGGAGGCAAAGAGUUCCAGGGUAAAAAUGUUUAUGGUAUAUUGAGAGCUCCUCGCACCAGUUCAACGGAGGGUAUAGUGUUUUCGGCACCAUAUCGAUCUCCAUCAUCACCACAUGCAGAUAUUGUUGCUAGUGUUCCGGUUUUAUUGGCAUUUGCUGAUUUCGCAAGAAAAAAGAACUACUGGGCCAAAGAUAUAAUUUUCCUGGUUACUGAACAAGAGCAACUUGGCAUGCAUGCCUUUAUUGAAGCCUAUUUCAAUACAGAAAUGGAUGAGUCAACUCGUCAGAAGUCGUAUUUAGAUUAUGGUUAUUUGCCUGCUCGGGCUGGUUCUUUGCAGGCUGCACUGAAUAUAGAAGUCCAGGAUUUGGAUAUUGAUUAUGUUGAUGUCAAAAUCGAAGGCCUCAAUGGUCAAUUACCCAAUUUGGAUAUGUUUAAUUUGGUACAAAGGAUCACAUCCCGAGAGGGUAUUAUAUCCGGCUACAAACAGACUCCGCAGAAAAAACGACGCCAAUAUCAAAAUUCGGUUGAGAAUAAUAUUAAAAAUAUGCUAUCAAUGAUAUUUAGCCUUUCAACCGGCGUACCAAAUGGUAACCAUGGAUUCUUUCAUCGUCAUCGUAUAGAAUCACUAACACUGGAAGCCGUUAAACGUCAAACAUCUAACAAUAAUCGUUAUAAUGGCGGCCUACCCUUGCUCAAAACUAUCGAAGGCAUAUCACGCAGCCUGAACAAUCUUUUGGAACGUUUCCAUCAGAGUUAUUUCUUUUACAUACUCGUACAAAAUGAUCGCUUCGUUUCCAUUGGUGAUUAUAUGCCAUGUUUAGGUUUACUGAUUGCACCGCUAUUUAUCAAAUCAUUCCUGUUGUGGUUAAUCGCUAGUGGCGAUCUAAAAGAUGAAGAAACUGAAAGUGAUGAGACCAAUGAGUCGACAGAGCUGAAUAUUGUACCAGCAGUAUUGUUCAUUCUUUAUGCAUGCUUAAUUGGUUUCCUAUGUCAACAUAUGCUGCCUUUGGAAUAUUUGGUUAAUUUUAUUUCCAAUCACGGUUUUAGUACUGCCCAAAGCGUAACUGUGUCCAUGGUUGUAUGGUCAUGUCUGGCUUUUAUGCUGCCAUUUGUUUAUAAAUUACCAGAAAAGGCCUUGAAUUGGCUUCAUUUGGGUUCCUUAGUGGGACUGGGUACAACUUUGGUUGUAGUGGGUUUACUUAAUUUUUCUUUGGCAUUUUUGGUGGCCUUAAUCUGUGUCCCCUUGGCUCUUGGUAUAAGUCCAGAAUUGAAGAAGGGCUUUCGAAAAUCGUUUUUAACUGUUUAUACUUUCCUAUUAAAUCCAAUUGUUUUCAUUUAUGGUUUGGUAUUUGUCCUGACCGUAUUUCAAUUUCCCGAAUUGACAAUCAAAGAAGCCGUCCUCCGUGCCGUGACCGUUACAAUGGAUGCAAUCACAUUUUCGUUAACCGACAAUUUGAUUUACAACAAUUGGUUGAGCAGUAUUGUAACGACAGUAUUACUGCCUCUUUGGUGCUGUCUAUGGGCUGUGGUCAUAAGAAAUGCAACACCGCAAUCUACAACAACGAAAGGUAUUAUUAAUUCCAAAAAGGUCCAAUAG